CACUAACGUCACGUACGACAAUGACAUUAAUUUAAAUUAUCGCUCUGGAAAAAUGGGCAAAGACUAUUACAGUAUUUUAAACAUUCCCCACAAUGCCACAGACGACGACAUAAAGAAAGCCUACCGCAAACUGGCCUUGAAGUACCAUCCCGACAAAAACAAAGCACCAAACGCCGAGGAAAAGUUCAAAGACAUAGCUGAAGCUUACGAAGUCCUGUCCGACAAGAGAAAAAGAGAUAUAUACGAUCAGUACGGAGAGGACGGUUUGAAAGGAAGAGCUGCAACUGGGGGUGGUGGAGGAGGAGGUGUAUUUCAAAACGGUACCACCUUCUACACAUUCCACGGCGACCCUAGAGCGACUUUCGCGCAAUUUUUUGGUGGCACGAACCCUUUCGAGGAUAUGUUUCUAUUCAGCAACAAUGGAAACUUUUUUCAGGAACCGUCUAGCGGACACAGGCAGCAAGAUCCGCCAAUAGAGCAAGACGUUUACGUUUCCCUGGAAGAUAUCCUGACCGGAUGUUCUAAAAAGAUGAAAAUACAGAAAAAAGUGCUUCGAAACGACGGUAGUCUAAGAAAGGAAGACAAAAUAUUACACAUCGAAGUAAAACCUGGAUGGAAAGCUGGAACUAAAAUAACUUUCCCUAAGGAAGGAGACCAGGGACACAACAAAAUACCUGCUGACGUUGUGUUUAUUAUUAAAGAUAAGCCUCAUCCAGUAUUCAAACGAGAAGGAAGCGAUAUACGAUACACGGCAAAAAUAUCUUUAAAAGAAGCUCUGUGUGGCUGUUCCGUUAACGUACCGUUCUUGGAAGGUGGAAGAAAAUUGUUGCAUUUUCAGGAUGAAAUUAUAACUCCUGAUACUAUAAAACGAAUAAGUGGACAAGGAUUGCCUUUCCCUAAGGAGCCAUCACGCCGAGGAGAUUUAAUAGUUGGGUUUAACAUUGUUUUUCCUAGAAAACUGUCAACGCCUGCACAGAACAAAUUACGAGAUAUCCUUCCCUAAAUGUUAUAGAAUAAAUAUGUACUCAUUCACUCACUAAUAAACUUAACAAAUU